GGCAUAAACACCUCUAUACCGCUUGAAGAAACGCUAAAACAUUGACCAUUUUGUUGCUUUCCAUAUUUAAAGUAAGAACUUGUUUGUUUAUCGAUUAUCUAUUUGUUUACAAGAGUACCAACUUUGCUGUAUUCUCGCGAGAAGUACACCACCAUUGCGAGACUUGGAUUCGUGAGUCAUUUCCACACAUGGAACAGGUCCUUGUUGGAAGGUUUCGCGGACAUUUAUCCUUUUUCCGGCACAGAUUCCUCGCCAAGAUGUCUGUUACCAUACCGACGGAUAAAGAGGACCAAGAAGAAGUUCACAAACAACCUAACGGGACCGCUGAAGUGGAGGUUGGGACACUAAAUGGACUGAAACCCAAGAAGAAGUCUGUUUUCGCCAAGUACAUCCUCGCCCUUCGUCCGUGGUCGUUUAGUGCCAGUUUGACCCCUGUUCUGCUAGGCAGCGCCUUGGCGUACAGAACAACAGGAACCAUCGACCCUCUACUGGUCAUCAUCACCUGUUUAGCCGUUAUAUCGGUACAUGCGGCUGGGAAUCUUGUCAACACUUACUAUGACUUCAUGAAGGGCAUAGACACCAAGAAAAGUGAUGACAGAACGUUGGUGGACCAUAUACUGGAACCCAACUCAGUAGUAGGGUUGGGGGCAACCUUGUACUGUAUAGGAUGCGGGUGUUUUGUGCUGCUGGUUCACUUUUCGCAGCUUAGCAUGGAGCACUUGGCUCUCCUGUAUUUCGGAGGACUAUCGGGGUCUUUCCUGUACACGGGAGGAAUGGGACUGAAGUAUGUGGCACUGGGGGAUGUUGUCAUCCUCAUCACCUUCGGUCCAUUGGCUGUCCUGUUUGCAUAUUCUGUACAUGUAGGAAAGCUUACCUUGUCACCACUUCUCUACGCCAUCCCCCUGGCUCUCAACACGGAAGCAAUCCUGCACAGCAACAACGCAAGGGACAUGGAGACAGACAAGAAGGCAAAGGUGGUGACUCUCGCCAUUCUUCUCGGUCAAACAGGAUCCUACGCGCUUUAUACACUUCUCUUGUUUACGCCAUACAUCCUGUUCGCAAUUCUGGCAACAAACUUCUCAAAAUGGCUGUUCCUGCCUCUUAUCACCCUCCCACUGGCCUUCAGCCUAGAACGGGACUUCAGGGAACAUCGGAUGGCAAAAAUACCUCAAAAGACAGCAAAACUGAACCUGCCCUUAGGACUGCUGUAUCUGUUGGGCUGUCUGAUGGCACAGCCGGGACAGCUGCCAGGAUUAAGCUGAUGAUGAUGAAAUCACUUAGAUAAUGAAAUGGUCUGUCAGUAUUACAUGGGAAAAUACAUACAGUCUUUGAUUUCUAAGUUAUUGUACUGUGAUAGUUUGUGCAUGUACCCGGUACUAGUUUGCUGCUAUUUAAUCUUCUUUCCAGAUUUAUGUAACCCUGAACAAUACUAGAGCUUGUAGUUGUCAGAUUGUUGCACUUUCAUGGUCUUACUGUAAGGUGAGAAAUUAUGGAGCUUAUGUUGAUGUUUUUGUGAAUGGCAAUGUCUUGUUUUUCAAAGUUGGACAGUCGUGAAACAAUCAUAAAAUGUGGAAUAGGUAUAUUGUCCAUAUAUUUAUGUUAUGGUAUUAAUAUUUUGAGUCUGUAUAUUUGGAUCCCCAGUGAUUAUUCCCCAGUAUGGCGUACUUCAGAUCUUUGAUAUUGGUAAUGUAUUGUUUCAUCGUAUGCCUAAGUUUCCUUCAUGUAGCUUGAAUAAGAAUUAAGAACACAUCAGUCCUUUCUACUAAAGGUACAGUGUAGCCAUCAUGGAUAGAGCGUAAAUCAAGCAAGGUGGUAGACUGAAUGUAUGUACAUGUUGUACAUGGACCAAUGAAUUUGAACAGCUGUUUAAGUGUUGAAACAAAUAUUACCAGGUUUCAACAAUAUAGACGUGGCCUAAAAUGUUGUUUUGACCCAAGUCUUAUUGUGCCAAAUAAUUUUUCUUAUUUGGCAAUUCUAAUUGUGUCAGAAGUGAGGUUUAUUUCAUUACAUGGUUCAUACAUAAGUAAUAAAAUAUCCUGUGCUCUGAAUCUGAUGUUGUACAUUGCUGUAUGUGCCUCACCUCUUAUACAGUAGUAGCAUAAAAGUAACCAAACAAUUUUGUGUUUCUCCACUUCUGUGUUUGUUUAUUUCUGCAUCUAUUACAUGAAGAAUUGACUCCAUAUUAUUUCCUUCCUAAAAACUAGGCACAACAGUGACAUCUAUCAAAUACAGGUUUGCAGAGCCAGUCUUGCCUUGGUGUGGGAAUGCUUCCAUCUGCUAAAUGACCAUAACAAAUCUGAGAUUGCAUAAUUGACAGCACUUAUUACUGACUUACGUAUC